AUGCCUCACAUCAAGGAUGGGGAGUGGUUAAAAAUGUUUGGAACAUCUAUGGUCAUUGGAUGGAGGAUCAAAAGAAACUUCACAUAAAUAUCUUAGAACUAGAGGCAAUACACUAUGUCUUUCAAGCCUUCAAAGAUAUUCAAAAUCAAAUAGUAUUAGUCAAAUCAGACAGUAUAAUAGCAGUCUCAUACUUAAACAACCAAGAAGAAACCUUGUCCAGUAGAUACUCUGAAACAAGAUUGGAGCAAGUACAGGAAUUGGGUGAAUUACUUCUAGAUUUUAAUACCCAAAAUACUGAAGAAAGUGCUAGAAAAUCAAGCGACUAUUUGCAUAAUAGUACCCUUUUGGAGAAUGGCUGCAUGGUUUCCUCUACUGACCAGCAUGUUGAUAGACCUACCAAUACUCCUAUAUUGAAGAACCUCUUUUAG